CAUAGACAUGAGGCUUGUUUUGGCGCUCUCGUUCGCGCUAUGGCUUUCGCUCGCGAUCGUUUUCGCGGUGGAAUCCGACGAUAAGGGUCUCGGCGCUGUUCUGGAAGCGACGGAUAAAAUCGUCCAGCAGCUAGGAUGGAAGCGCGAGGAUGUGAAUGUGUCGCGGGUCUACUCCCGGAGGAUGGGGCAAGCACUGAUGUACGAAUUCGACAUCGAAAUCGGUGGAAAUAUCUUCCCGAUCAAGCUCGCCGAGGACAUCAGUACAUGGCGCUAUGUGGACGAGCUCUCAAAUCAAGGCACCGAGAAGGCGAUGGUGGAAUUUGGACACUGGGAUGACGCGGCGCUGGCUCCAUUCAAGCUCGCAGGGCCGGUUGAGCUCUGGAUCCAAGAUGCCAAGGACCUCCGGCUCGCGAUUCCGAACGAUGUGGAUGCUGGAGCGUUGCGAAAGGUUUUGCUAGCGGAUGGCGCCACUGUGACAGUACUAGGAGCUCGAGAGAUAAGUCUGACGAAGCCAUUCAAGGUACCUUUGCCGCUGGUUGGCAGCGGUGAUGACCACGCUUCCAGCAUCUUGGCACUCUCGGAACAGCUCAGGCAAGCAUCCCGAUCCAGCGACCGGCCGAUCCUAUCACUCCGAGUGGUGAAGCCAUCCUCGCUGGUGGCAUCCGCCCCGGAGCAGCUGGAUUCUCCGCCGGAGCGCCUCAAAGUGAAGAAACUUUCACCGGGGGCAGUGGAACUGAGCAGCAGGGCGCUGGACAAACUCGCAGGAGGCGAGAUCGACUUGAGUGGCAGUAGCAGCGGUGGCAAGUCACAGUGGCUGUGGCCGCUUCCAUCCGUGAACACGUCUGGACCAACCUUGCGGAGCUUGGAGCAAGCGCUCAAGCUCUUGCUCGGCCCCAGCGCUCACAGGCCGGGCUCCUUCAGCCUCCUCCGCGCCAAGGCCGCGGCAGCGAAGUUCGUCAAGGUGGAAUUCGAGCUGGAGAAGCGCCUAGAUGGCGACGAUGGUGCUCUACCCGAAUGGGCAACCAGGCCGACGAUCCAGCGGCUCCAGUUUGAGGUCCUGUCCAAGAUCGACGGCGACAAAGUGAUCCCCAUGAGCGUCCGGCCUUUGGAAACGUAUCCCUCGGCUACCACCGCGUCCUUCGAUUUUUUUAGUGGCAACACCACUAGCUUGGAAAGCAUGGCGUCGAUAUUCCUUCCUCCAGUGAGCCCUUUGACACUAGACGUAAGUGGGUGAAAUCGCUUGGUGAAUUUUUUACACUUGAGGUUUUCCAUGUAUCAUAACUUAAGUUGGUAAAAGUUGGUAAACACAUAAAAUCAUGUAAA